UACUAGAAGAUUUAUCAAUUAAACCAAUGUUAUUUAGCAUUCUUUCAUUAUUAAUCUAAUCCUUAAUUUUGAUUAUUAUUUAACUACUUUAUUCUUUCUCUCUCUUUUUAUCUUUUUUUUUUUUUUAACAUUAGAUUUAUAUGAAAUGAAUUAUGUCAAGGAAUUGGAAAAAUCACAUGAUGAAAAUAGGGUGAUACCUAUAAAGGAAAAAAAUAGUAUUCAUAAUUAUUAUAAUAAUGAAUUAUCCGAAAGAUUAAGAAGUGUAAAGAAAGUAAAUGGUCAUCUUAUCGAUACUAUGACGACGAUACCUUUACCAUUUGAUGUUUAUUCCUACUCUUCUCAUUCAGGAACAUAUCAUCCUCAUCAUAUUACUGAGAAUAAACCUUCUGAACAAGCUUCUCGAUGGUCAUCAGGAACACAUGAUCAAGAUCAAUUUAUAUGUCUUCGAUUUUCUUCUCCAGUGGUAGCAAGUAAAAUUACUUUUGGAAAGUUUCAUAGAGCCCAUGUGUGUAACUUGAAGGAGUUCAAAAUAUACGGGGGUUUCAACCAUGAUAAUAUGAUGGAACUUUUACAUACAGGUCUUAAAAAUGAUACUGAACCUGAAACUUUUGAUCUUCGAAUUCAUUUUCAUGGUUUGGUCUUUCCAAUUCAAUAUUUGAAAAUUGUUCCUUUAUCUACUUUUGGUGCUAACUUCAAUUAUAGUAUCUGGUAUAUACAAGUUCAAGGUAUUCAAGAUCAUGACCUAUUGAAAAAAAUAGUGACUCAAUAUCAACGCUAUCAAGAGAUUCAAACUACAAGACUUUGUCUUAAACACUUUCGUCAACGUAAUAUGAUGCAUAUCUUUCGUCUACUUCAAGAACGCACCAAAGUGGAAUUGGAACAUCCUUUAUUGACCGAAUUACACUCUCAACUGGUGAUGAAUGGUGAUUUUGAUGGUACUGAACGUUUGUUGACUCAAUUAUUAAGACAAGGUGUAUUUCAACACUAUGCGAAGAAUGCACCUUACAAAGCUACUUGGCAUCGUAUUUGGGCUACUAAUCAAGAUGGUGAUUCUCCAUGUCCUAGAGGUGGUCAUCAAAUGUGUAUUGAUAUUAUAGGAAGAAGAAUUUAUUUGCUUGGUGGUUGGGAUGGACAUAAAGAUUUAUCAGAUUUUUGGUGUUAUGAUAUUCAAGCAGAUCAAUGGAACUUGCUUAGUGCUGAUACUUUAGAGGAUGGUGGGCCAAGUCCUAGAUCAUGUCACAAGAUUAGUUUUGAUCCAAAAAGUCGAUCCAUAUUUGUCCUUGGAAAGUAUGUGGAAUAUCAAACAGCACAAGAUCAUCGAUUAGAGUCAGAUUUUUAUCGUUAUUUUUGUGAUCACAACAAAUGGAUGAAAAUCAGUGAUAAUACUGCCAAAGAAAAGGGACCAGGAUUAAUAUUCGAUCAUCAAAUGUGUGUGGAUGAAGAAGGACAAAUACUUUAUGUGUUUGGAGGAAGAAAAGUCAAUUAUGAAAGUACGACGACAAUGCAUACCUAUAGUGGAUUAUAUUCUUAUAACAUUGGAACAAAUACAUGGCGUCUCAUUCAAGCUGAUGGUGGUGGAAAUAGCCCAAUACCUACUGUGACCAAUACGACACCAACAAGCGUGUCAUCAACUAAUAAAAAUGAUUCAGAAUCUUGUAUUGAAACUAGUAUCAAGACUACAAUGAAAUCACGAGUAGGACAUUCUAUGUUAUUUGAUCCAUUGACACGUCAUCUCUAUAUAUUUGCUGGACAACGGGUGAAGGAUUAUUUAUCUGACUUGUUUGCUUAUUCGAUCGAUGCCAAUCAAGUCACUGAACUUUCUCAGGAUUAUUCAAAGGAAGCAGGUCCCGAUGCUGGGUAUACUCAACGAGCAACCAUCGAUAUUGAAAAGAAGGAAAUUUAUGUAUUGUCUGGUUACUUACAAAAUCAAGGAUGUGAUGUUGUUAAGAGUGGAUUAUGGGUAUAUUCUAUUGAACAAAAUCGUUGGACAAAAGUUUAUCAAAAUGAAAAUCGUGACCCUGACUACUGGAAAAGGAUGAAACAUGUGGAACCUUGCCCUCGUUUUGCUCAUCAAAUGGUAUAUGAUCAAUCAACAAAUACACAAUAUAUUUUUGGUGGUAAUCCUGGGGACCGUGAAUGUGCAAACAAACGAUUAGAUGAUUUUUGGCAACUUCGAUUGGUUAGACCUGAUCCAGAUGAUAUUUUACGUCGAUCCAUUUACUUGGUACGAAUGCAACAACUCAAAGAAAAAUGUAUAAAUCAUCCAAUCUCAUCUAUAGACGAUCCUGCGACUCAUACAUUGGACGCCUUGGAUUACCUUCGAUCAAAACUGACACCAUUGGUAAAUCAUGAUAAUCCAGAGGAAGUUCAUGAAUUUCGACAAUUAUGUGCUCGCCUUUGUCUUUCGCCUGAAAAUGCUUUCUUUUCGACGUUGGAUGAAUGUAAAGAUCUUGAACAAGAUAUCUUCUCACAACGAAACCAAGUGUUUGAAGGAUUAUUGGAAUAUAUCCCAGAUGAAAUGAAGGAACCAACUGAACAAUUAUUAGAUGUAGUGAAAUUAGUAUAGAACUUUGUUAUAACACCGUUUUUAUAUAAUCAUCCAAUAAACGAUCUUUUUUUUUUGACCAAAAACAAAUUAGACUGAUUUGGAAAAAAAAGAAAAAGGGUCAAUGUACGGAGUUUCUGGUUGC